AAAACAAAAGGAGCUUUCAAGAACGAGAUUGCAGAGCUUGAAGAGAACAGCCAUCGGCCAUCGUGGGGUUCUUCUGCUUUCAAUCGGAUUAGUUUCUGUAUUCUCAAAUCGCCGCAACAAUUAUGGAAGAUUCUUCCUCUCAAUCCUUCUUCAGGAAGCACUGGGAGGGCUACAAGGAGUUUUGGUCCGAGAGAUUCUCGAUCCUCGACAACUAUUCCCCUUUCGUCCAGCGCGAGAAGCCCCUUCCUUCCUGGUCUGACUCCGAUGUCGAGGAGUUUAUUGCUUCCGAUCCCGUUCAUGGCCCCGUUUUGAAGACUGCCAGAGAAGCUGUAAACUUUGGUCUUACAGGAAGCCUUAUUGGAGCUGUGUCAACUGCAGGCGUUGCCUGGAAAUACUCUAGAAGUUUGCAUGGUGCUGGGCUGUCGUUCCUUGCGGGAGGUGCAUUCGGUUGGACUUUCGGCCAUGAGAUUGCGAAUCAUUGGUAUCAACUCUACAGGGUGGACACCAUGGGAGCACAAGUUAAGUUUAUGGAGUGGUGGAGAAACAAGAGCGAGGGACGUUUUUAGGCUCUGAUUUGCAGUUGAAGCAACAACACUCGCACUGCUGCUGCCAUCUAAAAUAAAAAUGAAGUGCAACUUUGUUGAAAUACAAUGGUUGAUUGGUUUGUUUUUAUGAGUUUAGAAAAGGACUAUCCUUUUAUUUUUAUCUUCUGGAAAUGACUGGUUCUCUCAUUUGUAAGCUUGUUACAAAUGUACUCAUCUUUACCAAUAACUACAUCCAAUCCUGCCUUCUUUGUAGUACCCGACGGACAACGUGAGCUUUACUGCUUGGUUUUCGGCCUUCUUUCUUGAUCCAACUUAAUGAUCCUUCGA